AUGAAGCUUCAUCGUGUGUUCAGCAUCUUUGCGGCUGGAGUGAUCGGCCAAACCUCGGCCGCUUCCAGCAUCACUUCGGAUUCUUCGUUUCCAGGAUGGAAACCUUGCCCGGCCUACACUUUUCCUGGCGAAGGUGAAUACGAAGCCGAAUGCGUGACCUACGAUGCCCCGUUGUGUUACCCCGGUAUCUGCGAGACACCGGCGAAUGUGAACUCGACGAUCAAGGUUUUCGUCAAGCGGUUGCGUGCAAAGGGGGGCAACGUGGACGACGCACCAAAUGUGUGGAUGAUUCCAGAGAUUGAAUGUAGUGAAGUGGAACAUUCGAUGGUGACGCUACACAAAAGCCUCGAAGGAGCAGUCAACGUGUACACGAUGGAUCUCCGCGGCAAUGGACGCGGAACACUGCUCGAUUGUGCAUCAGGUCAAAGCACGACGAGCGUGUCGCAGUCGGAGAGCCCUGAUUAUUUGACGGACAUUCCUGCGUGUGCUCAAAUCCUGCAGGACCAGUAUGGAGACCUCGCUUCGUUCUCGAUCACAAGCGCUGCAACGGACAUUUCAUACUUCAUCCACAAGCAUACGAACGGCGCGAGUACAAUUGUGUACGGUGUGAGCGGCGGAACGAUGCAGGUCCAGCGUCUGAUGCAAUUGGAUCCGCCGAGCGUGAACGGAUACGUUUUGGACGGCGCCAUGGCCUAUGCAGUAUCGCCUGCCAAGAAGACUUAUUGGUCAGAUUACGACGCUGAUUUUGCUAGCGUGGGCGAUGCUUUCAUGAAGCUGUGCGCGCAAGACCGCGACUGCGCUUCUCACUUCAAAGCCACCAGCUUGUCUGCCACGCUUCACCGUUUGCUCCAGAACUUCGACAGCAAUCCCAACUCGACCUGCGCCUCGUUGGUAUCAAACUCAUCAGAGUUUGGGCCAGCCGUCGUCUUACAGACUACACUGGGUAGUCUCCUGUUGAAUUCAAGCACGCGGUCCUUGAUUCCGCCGUUGGUGCACAGACUCAAUCGAUGCGAUUAUAACGAUGUCAACGUCCUGAAGGUAUUCUUCGCGACCAACAACGAACAGGCCUCAUUACCGAACAAGGCCGAAGCCUACGUUUCAGGUUUUUACUGUUUUGUGGAAAUGUUUUCCGAGAUGUGGAAGACACCUUCACCUACGUACGACGAUCUAUUCACUCGAGCGAGAACCCUGAGCAUGACGGACGACAUGACUUCCUGGUACGUUUCGUAUUAUUGUCUGUACUCGAAUGAACGGUCGCCGGCGUGUGAUGAAAUGGGAUUUGACAAGUACGAGGCGAACCCCCUGACAUACCGGCGUGACAAGUUUUGGGGCAAGACUGCUACCGUUUCCAGCCAUGCCAGCGUGCUACAGUUACAUGGAAGGUUGGACCCAAAGAACCCUUACAAGCAUGGAGAAUCAUUUUUCAAGGCGCUCGACACUUCGAACAAGGAACUCAUUGCCUUUGACUACGCGCCGAUGGUGACAAUCGAAACGACCCCGUUUGGAGACGAUGGCAAGAACUGCGGCAUGGAGUUGCUACUUUCGUUCGUUCGCAGCAACGCUGACCUCAAACGCGUCGACAAGUCUUGCGUGGGUGAAAUGCCUGCGUUCAACAUGAAGGUGGCUCCUGAACUCGUGUCUACCUACUUCGGCACCGAGGAUGUGUACGACGGUGUCCCAGCCCGUGCCGAGCACAACGGAAGAGUGAAACCGGCGUUUUGA